AUGAAACUCAUUAGUUGGAACGCCCAUGGGCUUGGGAACCCACGGGGAGUUCGAGCUCUUCAUGAUCUCAUCAUGAUGGAAGUUCCCACAGUUGUGUUUCUGCUUGAAACAAAACUGGCUGCUACUGCUAUAGAGAGAAUUACAGUAAGAGUGGGUUUGGAUGGUUGUUUUGUUGUACCGUGUGAAGGUAGAAGUGGUGGUUUGGCUCUCAUGUGGAAGAAUGAGAUGAGCUUGUGUAUCAAAAGCUACUCACUAUUUCAUAUUGAUGCAAAGCUAGAGGACCCGAGUAAAGGAAUUCUGUGGAAGUUUACUAGAGUUUAUGGAAAUCCAAUAACCGAAAGAAGGAGAGAAACUUGGGAGUUAAUUAGACAUUUAAAGGAACCUCAAGAUAUCCCAUGGUUGGUCUGUGGUGAUUUCAAUGAGGUGUUGUGUAUUGAUGAAAAGUUAGGUGGAAGACAAAGACAAGAGAGAUUGAUGAAUGCAUUUAGAAAGGUUCUUAAUGACUGUCAUCUGUUUGACUUGGGGUUUCAAGGGCUUAAAUACACGUGGUCUAGUACGAGACAAAAUCAACAGGUGAUAAGUGAAAGGCUGGACCGUUUUGUUGCGAAUAUGAAAUGGAUGGAAUGUUUUCCACAAUCUCGAGUUUACCACUGCUCUGCAGCAUAUUCUGACCAUUUACCGAUAUCACUCUCGCUAAGUGAUGGAUUGGCUAGAAGAAGAUCAAAGCUUUUCAGGUUUGAGGCCAUGUGGAUAGAAGAGGACGAGUGUGAGGAAGUUAUUUCAAGACAUUGGCAAGAGGCUGCUGGAGGAAAUAAUCUAAUGGCCAUUUCAAAAAAAAUAAAGGCAUGUAGCAGAGGGCUAGAAGUAUGGAAUGAGAAGAAAUUUGGCAAAAGUGCAAUAGAAUCUGAGGAGAGCACGAGCUACUCUUCAUAG